UGGAAAUUUUGCAGAGCUCGCCUGACGCGUACGCCGAGCCGAAGAAAGCUAUGGUGAUCGUAGCUGAUGAAUGACGGGUUAGUGUACGCGAAGAGUGCAAGGUUCUUGAUGUUAGGGAAGCAAGUCCGGAAUGAACUGCAUCCUGUGAGAUUUGGAGAACUGGGGAAAGUCGUUUUUCGGGGGGAAAGUGCGGUGAGGGUUCAGCACAAACACGUAGCCCUACUACCCGCACUUAGGUCUGCGUUCAGUGAUUGUGUACGGUGCAUGCAAACAUGGACAUGAUCAUGGAGUUGGCCAUGACGAACAGCUGCUGUGACUACAUGUGUAUGAGGGAUUAGUGUCCACAGUAAGUGUUUUACCUUCGUGACCUUACAAUUUGCCGUCACUCCAAGCUCAAGCAAUGCAGCAUCGCGACCUUUGCAGUCUCCCCAUGAACAAGUUUUCACCAGUUGCCAAAACUUUCUGACGAUAACAGGAUGGAGACCUCCGACUUCUUUGGAGAGGAAAGUGACGAUGACAUCAACAAUGAGAGAUACACCUCAGAGGAAGACAAGAGGCAAAACCACAGCGAGAUCGAGAAGCGACGGCGGGAGAAGAUGAAUGCCUACAUCCAGGAGCUAUGCACCAUGGUGCCCACCUGCAACUCCAUGAAGUCCAAGCUAGACAAGCUGACCAUCCUACGGAUGGCCGUCCAGCACGUCAAGUCGCUCAGAGGGUCUGUGAGUUCAAUCCAUGAGACCAACAUGAAGCCGGCUUUCCUAGCAGACGACGAAUUGAAGAGGCUGAUUUUAGAGGCGGCUGAGGGAUUCCUGUUUGUCGUGAGCUGCGACCGGGGUCGGAUGAAUUACGUCUCGGAGUCGGUCAGCCAUGUUCUCCAUAUAAGCAGGGAACACCUUAUUGGCCAAAGCCUAUUUGACCUGAUGCACCCAAAAGAUGUGUCAAAGGUGAAAGAACAACUCUCAUCCUCCGACCUUGUCCCCAGAGAAAGAUACAUCGAUGCAAAAACCGGUCUUCCUCUCAAUUCAGACGUGGCACCCUCCCCACCUCAGCUCCUCUCUGGCGCCCGGCGGUCGUUCUUCUGCCGCAUGAAGACCUUUAACCAGCUGCUGAUGGCCAAGAUGGAGGACGACCAGAUGUGCAGCAAGAAACGCCUCAAGCAGGGCUCUGACCGGAAGAACUACGUCACCAUCCACUGCACGGGCUACCUCAAGAGCUGGCCCUCGGCCAACUUUGCCAGCGGCAUGGACAACGAGAGCGAGAGCGAUGGCUGCAACCUGAGCUGCCUGGUGGCCAUAGCAAAGCCUAUUCAAAUGCCGCACCCGUCCACCAAAGAUGCCACCACCAGCCAACCAGCAGAGUUUGUAUCCAGGCACGCCGUGGAUGGCAAGUACACCUUUGUGGACCAAAGGGCGACAGCCGUGCUUGGCUACCUACCUCAGGAGCUCCUAGGCACAUCCUGCUAUGAGUAUUUCCAUUCCGAUGACAUUCAUCACAUGGCUGAGAGCCACAAAGCAGUCUUGGUUGCCAAGGAGAAGAUCCUGACCAACAUCUACCGUCUGCGCGCCAAGAACGGCAUCUUUGUCCCAUUGCAGACCAGGAUGUUCUGCUUCCGCAACCCGUGGACCAAGGACGUGGAGUACAUCGUCUGUACCAACACGGUGGUCAGGCCUGAGACCGUGUUGGAGACGUCAGAUGCUGGAGAUAAGAUUACUCGUGUUGACAGUAUCAUCCAUGAAGUGGGCUCUUCCUCCAAGACCGUGUCUGUCCCCGGAGUACCGCUGAACACCCACCUGGGGGCUGGCAGGAUCGGACGCAUGAUCGCCGAGGAGAUUUUGGAAAAUGAAAAGACUGAUCCGUCUUACGGCAUGAACAGUCCCAGUGAUGUCAUGCUGAAUGGAUCCCGAGCCCCCACGCCCAGAGCCGAGAAGGUGGUUGAGGCCAUACCAGCCCAUCAAGCGGAGAAGGUCAGCUUCUUUGGUUCGUCCUCAUCGUCCGGUCAAUCCAUGAUGCCCAACACCUCUCUGCACCCCUCGGACAAUCCGCUUCUGGGUCAGAUGUCAUCCCUGCUGGCCAUGACGUCCACCAGCGCAGCCGGCAGCAUGCCCUCAGCCAGUGGCAACGGCGACAACGGUAAUGGCAAUGGGGGUGUCGGCGGAGGUGGCGGCGGUAAUGGGGGCGGGGACGGCUUGGCUCCGCCCCCUCCGGCGGGUGGGGACGACGAGGCCAUGAUGGCAUUCAUCAUGAGCUUACUGCAAGCCGACGCCGGUCUAGGGGGCUCGGUGGACUUCACCGACCUACCCUGGCCGUUAUGAGAGCAGGCUCUUGUUGAUACCACACACCUCACCGUAGUCUUAACCCCGAUCCUCCUAGGCCCAGUGUCAUCGGGAAGGUAACCACUAAGCAUGAAAGUUUUCCAGACAACUCACAAAAUACUUGCUCAAUGAGAAAGCGGUUGCCAGCCAAGCGCGUGUGCAAUCCAUACCUUUUGUGGCUGGUUGUCAGCUAAAUUCCCUUAAGCAACUCCUUCUACAUGCUGUGGCCCUGCUAAGUUGGAUCCAGGUCCUUUCAAAAUCCCCCAGGUUUGGAAAAUGUUGCCGAAGCAAAUGGCAAAGGUUGCUCUCUCUGUUGCUAACCUGUUGUAUAAAAGUGCCAUUGAAUUUUACCAAGUACGAGAUUGUGAAGGCUCAUUCUAGGAGAGUUUUAAUUAUUAGAGCAGACACGUUUCCUUAUAGAGAAUUCAUGCCACAAAUUGAUCAAAUCCCCCACUUGGCAGGGCCUGGGACCUCGGGCUUUGGUGGAAGAUUGCCUUGCUGUUGUUUCUUUAUUGGGGCAAGUUUUAUCUUUUCAAACAGUUCCUGUCAGUUAAUACGGUUUUGAUAAAUCCAGGAACUCACCUGUAAGGGCGCAUGAAAUGCAAAAAGAUCUUCAGGAGUCGUUCUUUUAAUUGCGUCAACUUAAACAACAACCAGUUUGUGUCCCACAAUUUUCAGUUUCAAAGGAUCCGUACCGGUUGUUGAAUUGUGAUGUUCAUGGUUUGAAUGGAUUGGAGUGUAUAUUUUAUGCGCAAGAUACGUGCUCAAAAUGUGUGUGAUGUUUUUAAAUAGAAUUACCUGUACAUGUAUAUUUAAUGUAGAAUAUGUACUGAAAAUUGUCGUAUGUAUCGUCCGUAGCAGUGCUAUUUUUAACCCCUUAUACGCCAGUAGACGGCGACAGCCGUGGCUUUGUGUGAGGAUUAGUGCAUACCACACAUACAUUCUAUUCAUCGUGCAACUGCGGUUUCAAUAUGGGCCUGCUGAUGGACAGAACUUUGCAUACUUGGCAUACUGCAGCCCAGCAGUCAAGGUCAAAAGAAUCCCGGCGUAAAGGGGUUAAUUCUUGUCAAAAGUCUAACGGAAACCAGUCUCGAGCUACAUGUAAUUGGUAAGCAGAUUCCUGUAUUUGUGAGAAUAACAAGUGCAGGUUUUGAGUUUAAAUUCUCUGGGACUUCAAGAUGGUGCAGCAGUAGAUUCAGACCACAGGCACCAGUGGUCGGAGAGAAAGAGAUGUGAAGGACGCUUGAACACAUUGUUGGCCCUGCAGCCAGGCACCGAUGCAAUGGAACUGUGCAUUUGUGCACAUUUUGAUGAAAAUAGGACAUUUGUGGUGCCUGCUUUGCUCCAUAUGCCCUGCCUUGAACCCUGUAUUGAAUCUGCAUCACCCAAUUCAAGGCAGGCCGUCACAAGAUGCAAGAGAUUACUGGCAUCAGUACACUGCAACAUCACGGGCAAGGAUUGAAGGUUAUAGGCAGGACCAUUCCCAAACCUGCAGGUUGCUGGCAACGAGGCUUACUCUGAGAAGCAUGACAAAGCAAAACUUGAUAUAGCCAGACAUUGUUCAAAUUGCAUUGUGAAAUUGUAUGUUAUAAUGCACGCUAGUAUAUAACCACAAUCAUGUUUGAAUUCACUUUGUAAGCGUGCCAGAUAUAACUAGGCAGAAAAUACAUGUACACAUAAAUAUGAGUCUUUGAUGGUGCUUUCCGACAGUAUGUUACCAGUUGCUCGGUAUUAAACAAUAAUAUACUAAAGUAUAACUAUAGUAUACUAUAGUAUAGCUAUAGUAUACUAUAGAAUUAAAGGGUUACAGAAAUAGAAAUCAUUUUAUGCAUGUGAAGUAUUUCAAAAAAACAAUAAA